CUCGAGCCCCCCAGGCCAAUAGCGUGGGUGUGUCCCUGGGUUAGCCUGACUCUGACUCUGCUGACAUCUGAAUCCAAAUCUAAACCUAGGGACGUCGAGACUCGCGAGUCGAGACCCUCCCUUGCUGAGCUUAGGUGUUCUACAUACCCCUUGAUCCUAUUUAACUUCAGUCGCCGGCCUCUUUGACUCCUGGCUCAUAUCCCCUCUGCUUCUCCGUCUCUAUUCCUCGUACACCCGCGCGCUGAUUGGCACUCUCGUGGCACUCUCCUCCAGCAAGUCCAGCCCAAACGUCGUAGCACCCCUUGCGACACUACCUACCCAAAUACCCACCCCCACUUACACGGGGCAGGCUUCCUCCACCACACUAUCUAUAUAUAAAUCCGAGGCAGCACCGCCAUCGCGGCCACUCAGAAACUCGAGAUGGCUACCAACGGGGCCAAUGGGACCAACGGGGCCAAGGCAAAUCGUUUCCUUAUCUGGGGUGGUGAAGGCUGGGUCGCUGGCCACCUGAAGACCAUCCUUGAGAAGCAGGGCAAGGACGUGUUUACAACCGUCGUCCGCAACCAGAACCGCGAGGAGGUCCUGCAGGAGCUCGACCGGGUCAAGCCGACCCAUGUGCUCAACGCUGCUGGCUGUACAGGUCGGCCCAACGUCGACUGGUGCGAGGACCACAAAGAGGAGACGAUGCGGUCUAACGUCAUUGGCACCCUCAACCUGACCGACUGUUGUUAUCUCAAGGGCAUCCACUGCACCGUCUUCGCGACCGGCUGCAUCUACCAGUACGACGAGAAGCAUCCCUGGGACGGCCCUGGCUACACCGAGACCGACCCAGCCAACUUUGCCGGCAGCUUUUACUCCGAGACCAAGGCGCACGUGGAAGAGGUCAUGAAGCACUAUACCAACUGCCUCAUCCUGCGGUUGCGGAUGCCGGUGUCUGACGACCUUCACCCUCGCAAUUUCGUCACCAAGAUCGCCAAAUACGACCGCGUCGUGGACAUCCCCAACAGCAACACCAUCCUGCAUGACCUGCUGCCCGCGUCGAUCCUUCUGGCUGAGCAUGGCGACACUGGCAUCUACAAUUUCACCAACCCCGGUGCCAUCUCGCACAACGAAGUCCUCACACUCUUCCGCGACAUCGUCAGACCAGGCUACACGUGGAAGAACUUCACCCUGGAGGAACAGGCCAAGGUCAUCAAGGCCGGUCGAAGUAACUGCAAGCUCGACCAUACCAAGCUGACCAGCAAGCUGAAGGAGUACGGAUACGAGGUGCCUGAGAUCCACGAGGCCUACAGGCAGUGUUUUCAGAGAAUGAAGGCCGCAGGUGUUCAGUAGGGCGUGAGGCAUCAAGAGCAUAGGCCGAGACCGAGGUGCCCACAUACCCCAGGACAUUGUCAAGAGAUGGGACGGGUUGAUAGAUGCUUCUUCUCCACACAUUCCUGCGAAACAAUCUAUCUUCAGAGCGCUAGACAUGCAAUGACAGGCGGUGUCUUCUUCAACUGGUGCGAGCGAAUGAUUUGAAUCCCAGGUGCUACUCGGCGCGACGGCCUCACCACGACCACCCAACGGAUAGGAUAGAGAUGGCGAUGGGUUCUUGUCGGCAAUCCGGCUUGCCCGUCACGCGUGCAGGUGAGCUGCUGUAUGCCGGUGGGGGCUUGUCCCGAGGGCUCUGCAGGCAGGGCGAGCCUCUCUUCACCUCCCGAGUCUCGGUGCUGCAGCCAACAGGCAAAAGCACAUCCGAGAAGAAGCCCAUCUAUGCGAGAAGCUCUCCUUUCCUUUCCCUUCCUCUUUUCUUUUCUUUUUGGGAGACCGGGGGGUGGGUGUUGGACCAAAUACCGCGUGCGUUCCCGCGGGUGGGCAGGCAGGAGUGAGAUAUCCCUCCUGACUCGUAAUACCUACCUGUGCCCAGGUGGGUAUGUCGAUAGGUACGGCGGGUAUUAUUGUUCAGGACGCCAUUCAACGGUUGGGCGUGGGUUGCUGACCGUUGGACAACACCAGCACAUGGUUGGAUAGUGUUCCGCAGGCGUUUUCCCGUUUUCCCGUUUUCCCGUUGCAAAUCUGGGCCGUCAUGAGGAGACGAGAUAGAGAUAGUGGGAUGAGCCACGUAGGUAGGAUCCUUGGAAGGUUCUCGCUUGGUCUUGGCGGCAUCAGAGCCCAUAUUGUG